UUUAUCUGUGCCGGGCGCGACGCUGACUUCCGGUCUCCGCCGGUCUGUUGACAGCGUCGUUGAUCAGAGAAGAAGAAGAAGAAGAAGAAGAAGAAGAGUCAUGAUACUUCUUCUCUUUCAUUUGUCACCAUGAAGCUGCGAAUUCGGAUCAGGAGACGGACCUGCGGCGUGGAGCUGCCGGGCCAAGAACCGAGUCUGAAAGAUCUGAGAGACCAGAUCCAGGCGACGCUGCUGUCGUCUCACGGACUGAGUGCAGACACAGAGUUCAGUUUGUCCCUGAACGGCUCAGAGCUUCUGUCAGACUCCGGUCAGACUCUGUCGUCCUGCGGCAUCGUCCCUGGAGACCUGAUCUGUGUCGUCCUGCCUGAGUCUGCGGCCGCCGAGGCCCCGGACCCCCAGGGCAUGGACCCCGAGGCCCCGGACCCUCAGGCCAUGGACCCCGAGGCCCCGGACGCCGAGGCUGUGGACCCUGAGCCCCCGGCCCCCAGCUGGGAGCCCAUGCUGUGCAGUGAGGCCGAGGAUGGUCAGGCUCCUCUCUCUCUGGAGCUGCUCUACCACACAGCUCAGAGCACCAGCCCCGGCGACGCCGUCAUGGUGGCGGGAAACCUGCUGAUGCUAGAGACCGGCUUUGUCCCUCAGGCGAACGAGCUGAAACCUGGCGAGAUGCCUGGCGGCUGGAGGUCGGUGGGCGGAGCCUACAAGCUCCAGUACACACACCCUCUGUGUGAAAGUUGCGUGGUCACGGUGGUGGGCGUGUGCAUGGGCCACGUGCUCGUCAUCAACACCUCUCUGAAGGUGAACGAAUCCGUCGACACGACUCUCAAACUGUGUCUGAAGCCGUCAAGCUACGUGACGGAUGAGUGGCCAGGAGAGAGCGCCGCUGCUGCGUUCAAAGACCUGAGGAAACUGUCUCGAGUCUUCAAGGACCAGCUGUCGUACCCACUGAUCGCCGCCGCCCGAGCAGCGAUGAAGCUGCCGGUGGCGUUCGGUCUCGCCGCUCUUCCUCCGGAGCUUCUCCUCCGAGUCGUCCGGCUGCUCGAUGUCCGCUCUGUCGUCCGACUGUCGACCGUCUGCCGACGCUUCAACGUGGCGAUGGAGGACUCAACGCUGUGGAGGCACCUGUACCGCCGCGACUUCACCGAUCCCGGCUCCAGCAGGUCCAGAGACACCGACUGGAGAGAGCUUUACAAAAGGUUUCACAAACUUCGCAGCGACGCUCGUCGUGUCGCUCGCCGCCGCUCCCUCCCGCCCUUCCUGCGGAACCCUCGAGACAUCUUCGCCCCGCUGCCCCUCCCCCUGCCGCCCCCUCUGCCUGGCAUCAUCGGCGGCGAGUACGACCAGAGGCCCCUCCUCCCCCACCUCCUUCUGCCACGCCCCCGAUACGACCCCAUCAUCCCGCCGCCUCAUCAGGACGGACGACCGCUGAGCGACUUCCGCCGCGGCCGAUCGACGGUAGGACGAGCCGCCGACAUCCGGCGAGGAUUCAUCUGACGAUGUGUUCAGGGUCCUUGUGGAAAAACAUUCUGUCCGUUUGUGGUGACUUUAUUUAAACGCCCCCUCUUUUUUUUUUUAAGUAACUGAAAUGAAAAGUAAAAAAGUUUUUGUCAAGAAAUAGUAUUUGUAAUUUACUUAUUAUAAUUGAUGCAUUAAUCAUUUUCUUCCUUCUUUUUUUAUUGAUAAUAUUUGGUUUUGGUCUCAAACGAAUUCUGGUUCAUCAGAAUGAGAAAAGGUGACGAAAUAAAUAAAUAAAUUCAGUGAAAAGACGAA